ACAUGAUGCCAUAUUUCCCGACAAAUGGUUAGUCCAAGAGCAGCUCGCUCGCACUAUCGCCUUCCUCACAGCCUUCACCUGCGGAUCAGCGCCUGCAACGACUCUCGAACUCAUUCUUCGCCUAGUCGCUGCUUGCUGGGAGCCUUGAUACUGUGUACUGCGUCGGCCCUAGUCUGCAUUGGCGGCGUAUUCCUGUCCAGAUCCGUAGCACCAGGGAAUACUAGGUCAGAUUACAGUCUUCCAGGAGGGUUUGGGAGAGCGAGUCCUCCGCGAUUCGCGUGGAGUCUCCGCGAUGGCGAUGUGCUCCCUGGCGUGUCGCACGAACGACUGGCGACAUGGCGAGCCUCCGUUGCACGAUCACGGCUGAAAACCCCAGCUGAAACUGCUGCAGAUCCUUUGAAGAGCGCGACAAGCGGCGGCGAGUUAUGCGGGUGGCCGGUUCGUAGGCCUCCCGCUCGGGAGACGGCGGAGGGGUUUCAGGGGGAUUCGGUUUGGUACAGCGCUAAUGGCAGCGAGUGGAUGCAGCACGCGCAUCUGGAGAUCCUCCUCCGGGGAAUGGCGGAAAACAGAAGGGGACAGGCGCGGGGGGAGGGGGACGUGCAGGAGGCUGUGUGCUUGGCAGUGCAUCUCCCACCUCAUUGGUUCCCCUGCUCCGCCUCGCCGUCCGGCUGCCAGCUGGCAGUGUGGGUCCGACCCCUCUCGUCUGACGUGGCGCUGCUCUACCACCUCCUCGACACGCGCUCCUUCCGCUUCCUCCGCGCCUCUCUCCUCCCUCUCUUCCACCCAUCCGCCAUUCUCGAUGCCGGCGCCAACAUCGGCCUCGCCUCCCUCGUCUUCGCCAUGCGCUUCCCCGAUGCACUGAUAGUGGCAUUGGAGCCUGCGCGGGACAAUUUCGAGCUGCUGCAGCGCAAUGUGAAGCACCUUCCCCAGAUACUGCCAGUCAACGCCGCCCUCUGGUCAGAAGACACCCAGAUUGCGGUCACUGCUGGCCGCAGGGAGGGCUUUUGGGCCUAUGAGACACACGUGUGUGGGGAGAUGCAGCAACAACAGGGGGGCGGGAAGAUGCUAGGGCAGGAGUUAGAGCAGCAGCAGCAGCAGCAAUCCAGCAGCAAUAUGAAUUCCCUGUCACCACCGUCAUCUGCUGCUGUCAACCAUUCUCCCUCUCCUCCUCCCCCCUGCAUGCCGGCUGUGGCGGUGCCCUCCCUGCUGCAGCGGCUGCAGCUGCCUCGCUUUGACUACGCCAAGAUUGACAUCGAAGGGGCCGAGGGAGAGGUGUUCUCCCCUGAUGCACUGGCGAGGGGAGGGGGGAGCAGUGGGGGGGUGGGAAGGGGAGGCAGAGAAGGUACGGGAGGAGGGGCAGCAGGGUGGCAUGAGGAUGUGCUGGUGCUGUCCCUGGAGCAGCAUGAGGACUUGGCGCCGGGAAUAGGCGGCAGGAUGGAGCAGGUGUUUCCACGCAUGCAGUUUGAUGUGCGCACGUACGGCGAGAGCACCGUGUAUUUCAGCCCCAAGGUGUGGGUGCAUGAGCUUAAACCGCUGGAUCUGAGUGUGCCUUAGGGCUCAGUGAAUGUUCUCAUUCUCAAUUCCCGCUUCGUUGGGAGCACAUGCAGAAGCUACUUGUGUUAGAGUAGCACAAGGCUAGGAGGAAGUGAAAAGAGGCCGCCAUGAAGGUGGCGGCAGGGUUUAGCUAGGAGAGUAGGAAAAGUAUUGAGAAAGAAGAGAGUGGAUUAGGAAGAGAAAGGAGUAAGGAGGGGUUUGUACCCUCUACAGAAAGGUUCAGUAACAAUCU